AUGCCUGCUUACGGUGCCUCCAGGCGUAUGUUUUCUUCAUGGUGGAGACAGAACGUUCCUUUGUUUGGAGCUCGCUUAACUCACAAGAGGGCUGCAUCAUCCACCUUUUCAUCCUUCAAUUUUAGAUUUCGCUGGCUACAUACCUAUGCUAAACGGCCCAAGAUGUCUUCGACGUCUGGCCAGUUUGGUGCAGGCUGUUAUAGAAACGGGUGGAAUGUCUACGAGGAUCUUAAGCUCUUAUCAUAUGGUUCUCAUAUGAUCUUCUUCCUUUUACUACCACCAAUUGUUAAAUUAUUCACUACGAAAGUUGACGUCACUAGGGAUAACACCUUAUCAGAUCUAUAUUGGGAUGAGGCUGCUUACAAGAACAGUGUUCCUUGUCUACCUCAAGGUUCUCCAGCACUAGAUCCUAAAUUGAUCGACAUUUUCUCCAAGGCCAAAUCAGAACUUCAGCAAAGGUUGAACGCUCAAGUGAAGCGACUCAGAAACGAGGUUAAGCAACAACAGCAAGAACAACUAGAGCAAAAGCUAGGUCGGGCUAAAACCUCUUUCCCUGGCAUACUACCACAGACCCCUGCAGAUCUUAUGAGUUGCUUGCAUAUUUCAGAUACUGCUCGUGAAUUACCAACAUUCUUAGCAUACGAUAAUACAGUGCGAGCGGAUUUAAGUACAUAUAGAAAUGGGCUCAUGAAGUUGUAUGAAGGGUAUAAGCUAGGAACGGUAAGUGAUGUUGAAUACACAGACAGAUUGAAGUCUCUGGUGAAUCAAAUAUGGAGAGCCAAUUUGGGCGUUGAAUGUUCUAACGAGCUUUGCAAGAUGGCCUUCAAACAGGUUCAUUCCCUUCAUUUGUAUAAAUUAGAGGAAAGCUUAGUUGGAACUGCAAUUCUGUCUUCAGCAUCCAACGGUAUGGCUCAAAGACGGUAUAUGAUUGCGCAGAAAUUUGAGAUUAGAAAGAGCCAACUACACAAGGAUCAGCAUAAGCACAGCAUUUCACACAAAUUUGUUCGAAAGCUCGAAGUUGAAAAGUCUAUGAAGGGUUCUUCAUGGCUACGGUAUAUGAUUGGUGAACCGGAAAGCUUUCUACAACUUUCUCAGUUUGCUGCUGCCACUAAAAAGUCCAGUAGAUUUAUCAGAAACUUGAUGGAUAUGUUUCUUUCGGGGAAAUGUGCUGCCGGAGAAUACUAUUACCGAAAGGAGGUGAUGGUAUCCGGAAACUUUAUGGAACAGACCCCUGAGGAGGUUUUGUGUCAGUACUUCUGGAAGAAAAUGAAGUUUCUGACUACUAAUUUUGUCAAAUGUUCGGUUAAAUCUUGCGAUGCUUCUGAAAACUCGUUUCCGUUGAAGUAUGAAGAAUGCCAACUCCAGAUGGAGGAUCAAGAGUAUAAACCAGAAUUUAUAGUGUCUAUGUUGAGUCGGCUCGACUGGGAUGCUUUAGUUCGAGUGGCUGCUGAUUUAGGAAAUCAUGAUAUUCCUUCUGAGAGGCCCGAGGAUAUCGAACACAAUGAAGUAUUACUCAAGGAUCUUCACUUAUUGCUCUUAGAGACACAGAUAGUAGAAGGCUUGCUUAUGCCUUCUCCUUGCGAACAAACUAUAUGCAUUAGUGGCAUCAACGACGACACCUCUACGACUACUCCUUCACCCCACACAACGAUAACCACCACCGCGUCUAAGACCACUGCUACUCCGAUUAUGGUCACUCCAGCCUCACCACAGCCAUUAAAGUCUGCCAGUAAUCUUGUUCCCUUCCCGGAUCCUGAAAAGGAAAAUCAUGAUGAAGACAACCAACACUCUUUCUCCACCGGGUUACUUCACUUUGAUCACAAGCCGAGAAGUAGUUCCAAGUCGAGAUCCAGGUCUCACUCUAGGAAGCUGUCGCUUGGUAGACUGUUCCAAUUCGGUUCUGAUACCACUGUUAACAGCAACAGCAACAACUCUAAGGACAAACCAUCUUCAUCUGCUGGUACUUCUACCUCCAUUGGAGACGCGAGCGACGAGAAUAUGUCGGCCAACACGCGAAAUAGUACUGUGUCUACAGGCAAUACCACCUACAACUCUAUAGAUGCUACGGGGUCGCCCAAAUCUCGGUCCUCGAGUCGUUCUUCGCAGAAGCUCAAGAAUCUUUUUAAAUUCUACUCUGCAAGCAGCGACGCUGUUAACAAUACCAGUGUUACAUCUGAAACGGCUGACGAUGGUUCAUUGAUGCGCCGGUUCCGUCGUAUCAGAUCUCCUUCUGUUCCUUCCAAUGAAUGCGAUUUGUCCGAGCAGAUGUAUCCGGAUCCCGAAGACGAGUAUGUAUACAUUCGUCCGGAGAGGCACACAUUAGGAGCUGCCAGCCAGCUAGAAGAGUCACUAGAGCCCAUUGAAGAAGAUCCAAAGAAGAAGGAGAAAGAUAGGGUCGACGACACACCAGUACCAUCGCAGAUAUCGCAUGCCCGUGACUCAAGGUCUGGUUCUAAAGCGUCUCUUUUCGCAAAAAAAUUCUGGCGUAGCAACACUACCGGUAGUAAAGCAUCAUCAACAGCUUCUUCUACUUGUUCUUCACCGCAAAUAGAGGCGAUAGAUGAUUUGACUAAACACAUUGGAGAGAUCACACUCGCUCGUGACCACAGUAUGUCGGUUAGUAGCGGCAGAAACUACUCCAGUAAUUCUAUGAGGGCGGGUAAAGUGGAGGUGGGGCCGCAAUCAUUCGAAAAGUUAAAGCUUCUUGGAAAAGGUGACGUUGGAAAGGUGUACCUUGUUCGUGAAAAGGCAUCGCAAAGACUCUACGCCAUGAAAAUUCUCAAUAAAAAGGAGAUGUUGGAGCGGAAGAAGGUGAAACGUGUGUUGGCUGAACAGGAGAUACUGGCCACGGCAAACCAUCCCUUCAUCGUGACACUUUAUCAUUCUUUCCAAUCAGAGGAUCAUUUAUAUCUCUGUAUGGAGUAUUGUAUGGGAGGAGAGUUUUUCCGAGCUCUACAGACUCGAAAGAUGAAAUGCAUUUCCGAAAAGGAUGCACGCUUCUAUGCUGCAGAGGUCACCGCAGCUUUGGAAUACCUACAUUUGAUGGGAUUUAUAUACAGGGAUUUGAAGCCCGAGAACAUAUUGUUACAUCAGUCUGGCCAUAUCAUGUUAAGCGAUUUUGAUUUAUCUAAACAAACUGAUCAUAUCCAUGAGCCUGAGCUAGUCUCCGGCAAUAAGGCUUCUUCAAAUCUUCCUCAACUAGACACAAAUGCUUGCACUGAUGGAUUUCGCACCAAUUCAUUUGUUGGCACAGAAGAGUAUAUUGCACCAGAGGUUAUUUGGGGCAAGGGCCAUACCUCUGCCGUCGAUUGGUGGACUUUGGGCAUCUUUAUCUAUGAAAUGGUUUUUGGCAUUACCCCAUUUAAGGGACCGACUAGAAACCAGACAUUUGCCAAUAUUCUCAAAAACGAGGUUCAGUUUCCUGACUACAAUUCGAUGUCCAGCUCAUGUCGCAACCUUAUUAAGAAGCUUUUAAUCAAGGAUGCUUCCAAGAGAUUGGGUUCUCAUUCCGGUGCUUCCGAGAUAAAGAGUCAUUCUUUCUUUAAGAACGUUCAAUGGGCACUCCUAAGGAAUCAAAGCCCUCCACUGAUUCCAAUCUUUUCUGUGAAACGUAAAAAUGAUGAACAAUUGCCGAAAAAGUUGUCCAACGAAAACGUGGGUUCUACAGGGUCAUUGAAGUCCCAGCGCAAGACUUCAAGCUCUGGCUCUCAGCAUAGUCAACAAGAUCCAUUUGCAAACUUUAAUUCCAUUACUAUCCAUCAUGAAGACGACGAAGAGGAUGCGGUUUUUUAUGAUGGAACUGAGCUAGGUGAUGUCACGUAUACUGCAUCUACACCUCAAGUUUCUCCUAAGAAGUUUUUGAAGAUUUAA